CUUCCGCGGCAGCCAACGAAAUCUCGCCGGGGGCGGGACUUACACAACGAAUCAACCUCCGCUAUGACGUCACCUCCGCAGUGUUGCGCGCACCCGUUGACAUGAGAGACGCGCGCGUCGUCACAUCAAGCAAAAGCUACUGUUGAACUGAAGACACCCAGUAGGCAUCAUGGCCACACCAACGUCCCUAGACCCAGAUUUGGUCCGGGAGGUGCUGGAAUGCCCCAUUUGCCUGGAGACCUACAACCAGGAUCAGCUUCGACCCAAGCUGCUGCAGUGUGGUCACUCUGUGUGUCGCCAGUGCCUUGAGAAACUCCUCGCCAGCACGAUAAAUGGCGUGCGCUGCCCCUUCUGCAGCAAGGUGUCUCGUAUGAGCAGUAUUUCCCAGCUGGCUGACAAUCUCACUGUUUUGAAGAUCAUUGACUGUGCAAGUUCAUGCGGUUCCACCAUGGGCCUCAUGUGCAAGUCUUGUAAAAACCGCCUGCCCCGUCAAUACUGCCGUGACUGCAGCAUUGUGUUGUGUGAUAUUUGUAAAACCGAGGGGCACCAGCGUCAGGGCCAUGUAGUACAGGCCAUUCGCGUAGCUGCCGAACAGUGCCGGAAAGACAUCAGCGGAAAGCUUUCUAACUUGCGGGAGGCAAUGGGCAACAUUCAGAAAAAGAAGACCGCUAUCGACAACGUGACAAAAUCACUCAGACUGAAGUACAAGGCUGUGCAGCAGGAGUAUGCCAAGGCUGAGUUGCGGCUCCAAGAGGAACUGGGGCGUUCCCGCCGUGCCUUUGCCACCUCCUUGGCCGAAAUAGAGAAGCUCAAUGCCCAGAUUCUAGAGGAGCAGACGUACCUGCUCAACAUCGCUGAAGUGCAGGUGGUGUCAAGAUGUGACUACCUAACCAUGAGGAUCAAGCAAACUGAUAUUGCUCUACUAGAGGAAGGGAGUAACAAUGAAGAAGAGGAGCUGGAGAUAAAAACCAAUCUGCCUAUCGUUCUGAAACUACAAGACCCUGAACUGGUUAAAAUGGAGUGUGCAACACCCUUAAACGUGGCACAACUGACCACAAAACCCUGCACUGUCAAUGCCGAAGAGGAAGAUGGACUCGAUUUCGCCGCUGCCGCCCCUUUGGACAUUUAUCGUGAUAUCGACAUGGUGACGGCGGUUGAAGAGGCUGUUUGCGCUUCUCCCGGUAGCUUCAAGUCCAAGUCUGUAGAUGGAGGAGGACCUCCUCCAGGGGCUUCUGGUGGGCAGCUCUGUCAGUUCGUGAAAAAGAUGGGAUGCAAGGGCAAUCUGCCAGGCAUGUUCAACUUGCCUGUAAGCAUUUGUGUCACGCCGCAGGGUGAGGUUCUCGUGGCCGACCGAGGGAACUACCGCAUCCAGAUCUUCAACCGCAAGGGCUUCCAAAGGGAGAUACGCCGCAACCCGAGCAGCAUCGACAACUUCGUCUUGAGCUUCCUCGGUGCCGACCUGCCCAACCUCAUCCCUCUCUCCAUUGCAAUCACUGCUCAGGGCCUCAUCGGUGUCACUGAUAACUACGACAACUCUGUGAAGGUUUACACCACCGAUGGCCACUGCAUCGCCUGCCACAAGAACCAGCUCAUCAAGCCGUGGGGAAUUGCGGCCAUGCCUUCGGGGCAGUUUGUCGUGUCAGAUGUCGAGGGGGGGAAGCUGUGGUGCCUGGCUGUGGAUCGUAACGUAGGGGUAGUGAACUAUAACCGAUUGUGCUCGGCCGUCAGGCCCAAAUUUGUAACUUGCGACUCCUCAGGUACAGUCUACUUCACACAGGGCUUGGGUCUGAAUAUCGAGAAUAGACACAAUGAGCACCACCUCGAAGGGGGGUUUUCCAUCGGCUCGGUGGGGAUGGAUGGGCAGCUGGGAAAGCAACUCAGUCACUUCUUCUCAGAGAACGAGGACUUCCGAUGCAUCACCGGCAUGUGUGUGGACACUAACGGGGACUUGAUCGUAACAGACAGUGGCCGUAAGGAGAUACUGCAGUUCCCCAAAGAGGGUGGCUUCAACGUUCUCAUUCAGGAGGGCCUUACGUGCCCUGUAGGAGUAGCUGUUACCCAGAAGGGACAACUGCUUGUCUUAGAUUGCUGGGACCACUGUGUGAAGGUUUACACAUAUUUGCAAAAGAGACGUUCCUCUACGUGUUAAGACUGCUGUGUCCAUGAGACUAGUCACUUUAAUUUAAUGGCUACAAACUUGCUUCUCUGUGAUUUCUGACCUGUGACUUGCAGUGGCUGGGAUCAUGCAGCUACGCCGCAGCCAUUCACCACUGCCAUGGAGCAAUUGGAGGAUGACUUAUGGGUAUUAUUAUGGAUGGUUUGGGCAAAUGGAUUUUGAAAUAUAGCACAACUGAUGGCAAUAACUGAAAAUGUUGUUCUUUUUGCGUGCAUUUCAGUUCUCAUCUAUGUUUUUUUCUUGCGCUGCUGUACAGGCAUUAAGUCAUUUUUUAUAAAUGAUAUAUUGAAUAUUCCAAGUUAGGCUCAAUCAACAGCAUUUGUGGCAUAAUGUUGGCAAUCGUAGAAAAAGACUUGAAAAAUAAAGGUUAUGGUGAGGCACUUACUAUGUAAAUGGGCUAAUUUUUGGAGGGUUAAAAGCAGAAUUGUGAAGCUUAUAACACUCAAAAUACACACAUUAUGUUACAAUUUGUGGAUUAAUUCAGGUGAAAAGUUGUUGUCUGCAUUUAUUUUAUGGCAGAUUUAAACAUUGUGUUAUGGCAACAGUUAGAUAUAACUUAGAUUUUUUUUUUUUUUUUUCUUUCAACACUGCAAUCUUGUUAACACUAAUUUUACAUGUUGUUGCAAUACCUUUGAAAAAGCGAGUUUUAACAUUUAUGGAUUGGCCACAUCCACCUCCAUUGCAAAUGCCUCACUGAAACAUAUAUAUAUAUAUAUAUAUAUAUAUAUAUAUAUAUAUAUAUAUAUACACCAUUAUUGAGGUUAUCAACAUUAUGCCACAAGUGCUACGAUUGAUCUUGUACUGAACCCAGAAUAUUUCUUUAAUGGGAAGGUGCUUCAUUUGAUUUGGAAAACGUGACUUAAAACGCUGCUGUGAGUGUCAUGUUCAUGUGUAAUCGUUGUAAUGAGUUCCCAUAAUGCCCUCUCUAUUAAAGUGCCCCCUCAUAACUGAAGCCUGUGUCAGUAAAAGGACUUUCUGAUUUCUGUGACAGUAUGAGUCUUCUACAUAUUAAAAAACAGUCAAACUAAAGAACAAUGAGCUUGAAAAAUUAUGUUAUUGUUACUACAAAGAUGAGAAGAUUAUCUCAGUUGUCUAUUAUUGUUAUUAAUUUACUGUGAAUUGGUGUGUAGUGUAAUCCAGUUUGUACAAGCAUUGCUAUGUUGCAGGAACCAAAGGCCUGUCAAAUUCAGGAGAUAUUUACAAGCCUAUCAUCAGAGUAACUGCAAUAGUUCAACUGAAGCAGGGAAAUGACUCAGCAAUUUACAGUCUAUAUUACACAAUAUAUGAAAUGAUAUUUCGCAUUAAAGUGUCCUUGUAUCUAAGAGGUGGAUCUUAAAACUGUCCUUCUUGAAAGCUUUAGACAGUGCUGAGUUCGGUGUCUUAAAAUCUUGGUUGUGCUAUUAGUAACAUUUAUGGUUUUCAUACGGAUCUGUAGGUCUAAACGUGUGCUGGAGCAGGUUAAGGUUAUAUGAAACAAUCACAAUUAGAUUAGAAUAGAAACCCAUGAUCACAAUUCAUAACAGUGCAACUACUUGUUGCAUUCUCUGUUGCAGAGGGUGCUGUAGUAGACAUACGUCUUGUUUUAUGUUUGUUUUCUCUUUACAGGUCAGCUACUGUCAUCAACAGUUAGAAGACAAUUUCGCUAAGUUAAAGUCAUAACAUAUCCAGUUAAAUGGCACAUUUGAAGUUAAUCAAUAUCAAAAUCACCAUCUUUAGUAGGUUGCUUAUUGCCAAAUAACGCAAGUUGAACUGGACCACAAGUUGGUAGUGUGUUGGCCACGCAUUUGCAUCUGUGCAUUUGCGUGAAAUGUUUCUGGCCUUAUUAAUUGUACAGUUUAAGUUUUGAGUUUUAAUAAUCGUGCAUUACCAACUAACGCAGACAGCCUGCAUUGGCCUUAUAAUAAAUGCAGCCUCCCCGGCACAGGAGAUCCAGAGAUACUAGAAAAGUGCACUGUCUGCCGUGCCAUUAGAAAAGUCUGUGUGACCCUUAAGAGACUAGUUCACCCAAAAAUGAAAAUUCUGUCAUUAAUUCCUCACCCUCAUGUUGUUGCAAAACCAUAAGGCUUUCGUUCAUCUUCACAAAUGAAGAUGUUUUUGAUGAAAUCUGAGAGCUUUCUGUCCCUCCGUUGACAGUCUUCGCAACUACCACUUUCAAGACUCAGAAAGGUUGUAAAGACAUCAUUAAAGUACUCCAUGUGACUGCAGUGGUUUAACCUCAAUUUUAUGAAGCAACGUGAGUGCUUUGUGCAAAAAAAAAAAAAAAAAAAAAAAAAUUACCAAUUUAUUUACAAAAUAUUUAUGUCCAACGUCCACUCAACGUCAACACAACACGCAUGCAUCGUGGUGCUCUCGUGAACGGCCGUUGGUGAUUAAUAUUUUAUAAAUAAAGUGGUAAAUUAUUUAUUUACCACUUUAUUUAGUGACUCGCUAAAUUAUUUAGUGACUCACGUCACUUCAUAAAAUUGAGGUCAAACCACUGGAGUCACAUGGAUUACUUUACAUGGAUGUCUUUACUACCUUUCUGGGGCUUGAAAGUGGUAGUUGUGAAGGCUGUCUAUGGAGGGACAGAAAGCUCUCAGAUUUCAUCAAAAAGAUCUUCAUUUGUGUUCCAAAGAUGAACGAAAGUCUUAAGGGUGUGGAACGUGAAAAGGGUGAGAAAUUAAUGACAGAAUUUUCAUUUUUGGGUGAACUAACCCUUUAAAAAACUAGAACAUGAUUUUCAUUGAAUUGCCUGGCCAUGUUAGAAGUAGAACACGUUUUUAAAGACGGCUUUAAUUUAUGCCUUCAUGCAACUGUGCUGCAGACAGAAAUAAACUGUUAAAUUAAUCUAGCUCUAAUCCUAAAAUAAUAAUAAUAAUAAUAAUUCACAAAUUCUGUUGAAAUGCCAAGAGCAAAGACACAAUGAAAAUGGAAAUAAUGUAACAAACACCUUGUAUUCACCAGUUUCUGCCAGUUUGUUCUUGUUUUGGCUGCUUUCCAUUCUCUUAUAAAAUCUAGAGGUUCUUCUAAAAUAUCGUCUUGUUGUGUUAGGAAUUGUGCUCAUCCUUUAAAUGGCUCUCACUUAAUAUAAUAUGUCAUACAUGUGAUAAAAUGUCAAUUAGUAAUAAUUUUCAAUAGUAUUUAUUGCCAUUUCCCUGCUCUAGUCAUUGACCAAUUGAUUUAUUUUUUAAUUAGUCACAAGUAUCAAUACAUGGAGCUUUAACAGUAAGCGGGAGUAUGCAAUUUUUAGCAAUUACCAAGAUACAGUAAUCAAAUUUUCACAAUUAAAAUAAAUAAAUAAAUAAAAAAAAGUGCUAAAGAGGAAUUAUCACUAUUAUAAGAUCUGGUCAUCAUUUUCUUAGACGUAUAAAGCAAUAUAUGAAAAAUGGGGCACAGGGAUUUUGUUACUUAUUUUUACUUUUAGUAAACGCACAAAGCUAGAUCCACAAUGCAAGAUAUAUUUUUUCCUUCUAUUCAGACGAAGACCAUCAUGAGUGAGCGUUUUUUAUUUUGUUUUAUUGUUUCUUGUUGGUUGUCAAAGCAUAAUGUGCAACAAAUCAUGAACAAGUGACAUAUGACAGGUAUUAGUCGUAUGUAAAUCGCCUGCAAAGUUUCCCUUUUCUGGGUGUCUUACAUUAACCAUCAUGAUGAUUUAGGUCAUAUCAAAUAUAGUAAGACCUAAACAAUGAGUGUUUUCUCACACUGUUGUGCUUUUGUCAGGGUUUAAUAGCAGGCGAUUCUGACAUAUUGCUUUCAUAGUUCAUCUAAACAAUCAUGUUCAAGCAUUGAUGUUGGCGUCAGUGAAAUGAGUCCCAAAUUCGUGUUUGUAAAGUUCAUGACCAACUGUGUGCAAUAAAAGCAACAUCUGAGAA